AUGUGUAUCUCAGCAUACAUGUUAAUUCUCUCUCUCUCUCUUUUUUCUCAAGGUUUUCUACUCUCCGUUUCAAAAUCUCUGCAAAAGGUAGAAGAUGAAGAUAUGCUGCUAACCACAUUAAAUCUAGGAAAAACUCUUCGAAAUGGAGCUAGAACUGCAAACAGAGGAGCUAUACCUUUGCUGAAGCAUUAUGAGACUGAAGACAGCGGUGUUUUGGAUGAAGAUGAUGACAGAAAAAUAAAGUUUUUGGACACAGAUUCCCGACAUGAUUUCUUAAAUCAUCUUAUGCCAACCAACUUAGGUAGAAAGCAGCUACCUUAUCUUGCACUGAAGGGAGCCAUGGCUUUUCCAGCUGACACUGAAUUUCAAAAUAUUGACUCAAUACAGGAAAGAGAGACUGCAGAUGAAGAAAAUUCAGCUAAAUUCCCUAUAGGAAGAAGAGAUUUUGACAGGGAAGAAGCGUUUGUUAAAUUUGUUGAAUUAAUAUUUCCAGAGGCCAUAAAGAAGUCUAGUUCUCUGACGAUUUAA